CCCGGCAACUGGAGCUGGUACCUUGCGCUUCACUUGGGGAUUCGAAGUGGGCUUUUAUUUUGGGAGGGCGUCUAGUCCCUGUGUGUUAAUGAGAUUGACGUAGCUACUUCCUCUCCGGAACCGGAGGGCCGACUGGUCUGAGUACCCGCUGGACACCCGGGGCUCGGGGCUGUGGGGCUGGCGGAGGCUGAGGCCCAAGCUACCUCGCUCCGCGAAUCUUCCGCGGGCCGCUGAUGGCCGGAGGCUUCCUGGGGAAGACUUUAGCCGCCGUGUCCCUCUCUGUCGCCCUGGCCUCUGUGACUGUCAAGUACUUGGGCGGGUGCAGCGUCGCGGCGUGCAGAAACUCACUUUCAUCCUGCAGAUUUCAUGUUAAUUCGAACAUGAUGUCUGGUUUUAAUGGUACCAAACAUUCCCACAACAAGGCUCGGACAUCUCCUUAUCCAGGUUCAAAAGUUCAACGCAGCCAGGUUCCUAAUGAUAAAGUGGGCUGGUUUGUUGAGUGGCGUGACUAUAAUCCUGUGGAAUACACUGCAGUUUCUGUCCUGGCUGGACCUCGGUGGGCAGAUCCUCAGAUCAGUGAAAGCAACUUCUCUCCCAAGUUUAAUGAAAAGGAUGGGCAGGUUGAGAGAAAGAGCCAGAAUGGCCUGUAUGAGGUUGAAAAUGGAAGACCUAGAAAUCCUGCAGGACGGACUGGACUGGUUGGCCGGGGGCUUUUGGGGCGAUGGGGCCCCAAUCAUGCUGCAGAUCCCAUCAUAACCAGGUGGAAAAGGGAUAGAAGUGGAAAUAAAAUCACCCAUCCCACUUCUGGGAAAAACAUCUUACAGUUUGUUGCAAUAAAAAGGAAAGACUGUGGAGAAUGGGCAAUCCCAGGGGGGAUGGUGGAUCCAGGAGAGAAGAUUAGCGCCACGCUGAAAAGAGAGUUUGGUGAGGAAGCACUCAACUCCUUACAGAAAUCCAGUGCUGAGAAGAGGGAGCUGCAGGACAAGCUGCACAGGCUCUUCAGCCAGGAACAUCUGGUGAUAUAUAAAGGUUAUGUUGAUGAUCCUCGAAACACUGAUAAUGCAUGGAUGGAGACAGAAGCUGUGAAUUACCAUGAUGAAACAGGUGAAAUAAUGGAUAACCUUACCUUAGAAGCUGGAGAUGAUGCUGGAAAGGUGAAAUGGAUGGACAUCAGCGAUAAACUCAAGCUUUAUGCUAGUCACACUCAGUUCAUCAAGCUUGUGGCGGAGAAACGAGGUGCACACUGGAGUGAGGACUCUGAGACUGGCUGCCCUGGCUAAUAGCUCACAGUCUCCAUGUAAGCCAAAAGCCAGGAAUGGAGCAUGUAUGGAGAAGAAGACAGUAUCAGAACUCAUAUAUAAAAAGGGCAGGGCAGGGCACUUGGAAAUUACUUUAUUCAUUAAAUGACAGGCAGUUAGGUUUUGCAUCAGAAUAAAAUUAGCAGGUGUGAUGAAACAACACAGAAUUUUCUGCUCUUCUGUCAAAAACGCUGUAAACAAUCAUUUUGUAUGUGUUCUACUUAAGCAUGGCUUAAACCAGAUUGAAACGACUGAUGCUCUUUGAAGAAUCAGAAUUUGAACAAAGAUAAAUUUAUAUAAAUUUCUGUUCAGCCGUAACUUCUGCUUUCUGUGUAAUUCUUGUUUGUCAGUUUUGUUUUUCCCCAUUGACUUUUGAGGUAUGAAGGAUAUUCCUACCAUAUCAAGCAUCUCUCAGAGGAAUGCCGAUCUCCAUUGUCUAAUCUGAUUUAUCUUUAAAUUACUUGGUUCACGCUUUGCUUUAUAUGAUCUUGUUGAAGCUGGUUUCAAAAACGGAAACCUUUUGUAUUUUUGACUUUAGAGUUGUAAGUUAUAUGAGGAAAUUUGAGUCACUCUUUUAGUCGAAAAAUAUCAAGAUCAAUGAACAAGAGAUCAUGUCCUCAUUUCCAAAAAUUCUGAAUUACAAAAAUGUGUCCAGAAAACUAGUAAUUUAAAUUUAUAUACGCAUUCCACUCUACCGUAACUGUGGGAAAGGCUACCCACUCUAGUAUUCUGGCCUACAGAAUUCCAUGGACUGUAUAGUCCGUGGGGUCGCAGAAGAGUUGGACAUGACUGAGCGACUUUCACUUUCACUACUGUAACUGUAUGUACCAUAAAUGAAUUAAAAAUGAUGUUCAGAAAGGAAGUGAAAUGAAAUGGAGACAGAGGAGGUCUUUGGGAGUUAAAAGUGUCUUGUUAGGAAGGGAUUGUUAAGUACUGACUUAAGUUUUUGAGGCUCACUGUUAACAUUGUCAUUCCUUGAGGAAAGGAAAGAGUUUGUGUUCCAGGUAUUCUUGGAAGCAGGAAAGAGGAAGGAAAACAACACUGCCUUGUCUCAGUGGACAUUUAUAUCACUUUCUGGCCUAUAUAGCCAUUGGGAAAGUCCCAUAGUGCUAACACUUAUCAACCUGAGGUAGGGACUGUCAUAAUUCCAUCCUCAUUCCUGUUGGACUGUAGAUGGGUCAUCUGAAGAAAAGGUGGUUUAGGGAAUAGAGGCAUGGUUGUUUUCUUCAGAUGUUUGAAAAAGGUAUUAGGCUUACGCUGUAAUUAGAGAACAAAAAUGAGGGCUAAGAUAAAUUAAUAAAAAAAGGCUUCUGUUCCCCCCCCCUCCCUUAUUUAGUGUCAGAACUCUUGGUGGUAAACUUGAACCAAACUGACAGGAGGCUUUUUUCCCUCUGUUUUGCUGAGAAACAUUAGAAUGUUUGAUUUCAGGUUGUUGCCUCAAACCCCUCUGAAAGAGUUAUAAGGUUUAUGUUCAGUAUUAGUUUUCUAAAAUCCAUAAAAUCAUGGUCCUUGGGUGUGUAAUAUGGGACUUGUGCUUGACAAGGAUGGUCUGCUCACUGAGUGAAGGGUAGGACAACCUUGACCCAGUGUGAAAGAAUUUGAUUCUACUUUCACUGUUUGACAGGAAGAAGUUGCCUCUUACUGACACUGAAUAGGAUUUUCUAGAACAAGCUGCUCACAAAAGCUCUUGAAAAAGCUUGAGUACUUGCCUGAAGAAUGACAUUUACUUAUGUUUUAAUAGUUUUCAUGCAUCUAAACUGACAUUAGUAAAGAUUUUAGGUUUAUUAAAAAUUAUCUUUAAAGAAUAACUAAAGCACAUGAUCCAUAGAUAAUAAAUUUUUUGUUGCAUUUUAUAGUUUUCAUUGGAACAUUUACAAACUAUGCAAAGUGAUAAAACUGCUAUACACGGUAGAUAGGGUAGAAGUAGAUAAUCUCAUUGUAAGUAUCCAGCACCAUCUAUAAUAGAGAAAAAACAGAUUAAAAUUUUAGUUUAAGACAUUUCUGGAGGAAUAUCUGCUCCUAUAAUAGGUGAUAUUGCCUUCACAUUUGCUUUUCUUAUAUUUUACAUAUAAGGAACAUUUUUGUUUUUUAGAGACACUUAGUAAAAUAAAUAGUGUGGAUACCAUUUCUUGAAUAUCUAUAUUAUAUCUCUCAAUCCUGACAAGAAUCCUGUGAAGUUAGGUGGUUAUUAUUUCCACUUCACAGAAAUUUAGAGGGGUUGCUCCAAGGUUUAUUCAGUAAGCAACAGAGCUGGGUUUUGCUAGGUCCCAGAAACAAUUCUCUGUCUUUUGUAUUCCAUACUAAGGUUACGAAGUUUUUAUUAUUUCUUACUUUAAGUUUGUAGUUUGGUAGAUUCUUUAUUACUUAAGCAAUACUCAUGUUAUCCAUAGUACAUCUAUGGCUUGUUACUUGAAAUUCAAGGGCCACAUCUGAUUUGCCUAGUGUUACUGAACUUGUUGGCAUAAUCAUGGCCCAGAGACAAUUUGAUAAUAUCUUAACCUAUGGAUGAGUGGUUGCACCCAGUGUUUGUCUUGGUAGCAGGUGUUCUUAAGACUUUAAAGCAUUUCAAACUCAAAUAGAAACAAGAUACUAAAUCUGCUAAAGAGGGCACCUAAAAUUUCUAACCAUUUUCAGAGGCUAAAUGCUACUCUGUCUUACAGUAUAAGGACUUAUGGUGGUUGCUGUUAUUUUCCAAAAUAUUUGUGAAGUUUUAAUAAAUAUAUUGAUUUUAAAGUA